UUGGGCUGGAUGCGGCGGCGGGGGAGGCGGGCGCCGAGGCGAGGCGGGGGAAAAGUCCGGAGCCAAGUUGCCGCCGGGGCGCGCGGGAGCGGCAUCGCCGGCGCGCCUUGGCCCGUUGCGCGCCGGGGCCGAUGAGAGCCCCAGAGCCCGCUCUGCCUCGCGCGGCGGCGGCGGCGGCGGCCCCCGGCCCGGCCGGCCUCCUCCCGCGUCCCCUGUGAUUCCGCCUCCCUGCCUUUCUUCCUCCUUCCUCCGCCCCGCGCCAUGGAGUUCACGGAGAGGAAGCGGAGCAGGAAAUCCCAGAGCUUCAAGCUGGUCCCUCCAGAUUAUCAUCAUGAGGCUUACAAGAUCUCUGACUACAGCAAUGAUGUUAAUGGGGAUGCCAAAGAAGCACAACCACUUUAUUUAGGAGAUGAAAGUCGGGAGAUUAAAAAACAAAUUACAGGGAUGAGGAGAUUACUGAAUGACAGCACAGGACGAAUAUACCAGCGAGUUGGCAAAGAAGGAGAAAAAUUGAAGGAAGAGCCCCAAGAUUUAGAUCUGGCUUGGACUCAGCGUCUGAAUCCUCCUGCAGAAACCCAGGGACAUCUCCACACAUCCCAGAGCGGUACCUGGAAUGAAUUGUCUCCCCAGACUAGCCACUAUUCAGGGCAGUACGGCACUCGUUCAAAAACCUUCCAGAACCAAGCAAGAACCAUGGGUACAAAUGGAGAAAUUCCAGCAGCUAAUUCUUCCUCUGGAUCAAACUGCUGUACUUGUAAUUGCCAACCAGCUUUGCAGGCCAUUCUUCAGGAGCUCAAGACCAUGAGGAAGAUCAUGCAGAUUCAAGCCGUUGCUGCUCAGAACAGACAACAGCCUCCAGUUCCUCUGGUUAGUUCACAGAAAUCAACAGUGUCAAGAAAGAGAAAUAAAAAGAAAAAAGUGCUCCCAAAGACUGUUGAACCUCUUACUGUGAAUAAGAAGCUCAGCGCGGUACAGAAUGAAAAAAAGUUACCAGCCAAUUCUGACAGGUCAAGCGUGCAAGUCGCUGAAUCCUCCUUGAAACUGGAGCCACAGGUCUCAGGAUUUGGCAUUGUCCUUGAAUCUUCGUCUUCAGAUCCAGAAGUACAGCUUGCUGAAGGUUUUGAUGUUUUUAUGCCUAAAUCACAACUGGACUCUAUAUUAGCAAAUUACACUCGCUCAGGAAGUCUGCUCUUUCGAAAACUGGUGUGUGCGUUUUUUGAUGACAAGACUUUGGCCAACUCUUUGCCCAAUGGCAAAAGGAAAAGAGGUCUCAAUGACAACCGAAAAGGACUAGACCAAAAUAUUGUGGGUGCAAUAAAAGUGUUCACCGAAAAAUACUGUACUGUAAACCAUGUGGAUAAACUGCCUGGCCCAAGAGACUGGGUACAGAUUCUGCAGGAUCAAAUCAAGCUGGCCAGAAGACGGUUGAAAAGGGGAUCAGCAGAGACAACUGAUGGAGAUGAGAAACUGGACAUGUCUCUGCUAGAGGCAGGUAAAUGGCACUGAGGUUUGUUUCUUUGUUU